AUGGAGAGAACUUACAUCAUGAUCAAGCCCGAUGGUGUCCAACGCGGACUUGUCGGAGAAAUCAUCAAGCGCUUUGAACAAAAGGGAUUCAAGCUUGUUGCCAUGAAGAUUACCAUGCCUUCAAAGGAACACAUGGAGACCCACUACGAAGACCUGAAGACAAAGAAGUUCUUCCCUGGACUUAUUGCUUACAUGACCUCUGGACCAGUCUGUGCUAUGGUCUGGGAAGGAAAGGGAGCCUGUCUUGAAGGACGCAAAAUGCUUGGUGCCACCAUGCCCUCUGAUUCCGCCAUGGGAACCAUCCGUGGAGACUACUGCAUUGAAGUUGGCCGCAACAUCUGCCACGGAUCUGACUCUGUCGAAUCCGCCAACAAGGAAAUCGCCCACUGGUUCCCUGAGGGAGUCUGCGAAUGGGAAAGCUGCGAAGCUUCUUGGAUCUACGAGUAA